AUGGAAGCGACGCACGCCCCCCUGCACCACCUUCGCUACGUGUGCUUUGUGGCCGUCUGUUCCGUAUGCGGCAACACACUGGUACUCUACCUGGACAGGCCAAAACCAAUCAUCACCACCAGACUGCAGGGCCGUCUUACCAUCAAGUACUUUGUCCGGAGCCUGGCCCUGUCCGACCUCAUGUCCGCACUGUUGGCCAUUCCACUCCUGCUAGCAGAGCUCACCACUGAUUUCCUGUCCAGUGAUCUAGUGUGCCGUGUCCACAGGUAUUUCCAGAUCGUACCAAUCUUCAUUACCAUCACUAACAUGGUAUUGCUGGGGGUGGAGAGGUAUCUGAUCAUCUACUACCCACACAAGGCGCCCAGCAGGAUGGCAUGCAAGAGGAUGGUGGUGGUGGCCUGGUUCGUGGGAGCUACACUUGCCGUCAUACACCCCGGUUGUACCAGUAUGUUGAAGACAUACCCCAUCGGCACCGAUCAGUACACGCGGCUAUGCAAAGUGGCCGAAGACCCCCUCUCUAAGGCACUCAACCUUGCCAUCUCCAUUGUGGUCAUCUUCAUCCCUGCUCUUACCCUGGUGGUCAUGAGUAUUCGCAUACUUAUGUACUUGCACCGCAAGCGUCUCCAAUCCUGCCCUGUCCAGUCGUCAUGCUCCAUUAUAUCUACAUUGAGGCACUACAAGCUCAGUUACAUGGCGGCGUCGGUCAUUCUUGCGUUCUUCUGCUCAUAUCUGUUUGCCUUUGUGUACACGUCUGUCAUUGCCGGAAACUUCACCGACACGACCAUUGCAGAUGAGUACACAACUCGCAUCGUUGGAAUGGUCAUCAGCUUGGCCACCUGCAUGGUUAAUUCUCUCAUUUAUUUGGUCUGCCUAUGGGAGAUGAGAAAAAAGGCUGAAGAAGCUUUCCAAGAUCUGUUCUUACAUAUCCACCACAUGAUAACACGCGAGGGGAAUAGUAACGAGGUGGGGUUUGCCGCUAAUCCUCAGGCCGUCGCGGUGAUAAUGUUAGAGCCGCGUGAACCGUGA